GUAAAGAUCUCCUAAAUUAUCGUCUUGUUUAUUGCUCCACAAGACACCAUCGCCACCAAUCCCAAGCCCACCAAGCUCACUUACACCAUGGCUGUGAACCGCUAUGCUUACAAUGGCCCAAUCGACCACACAAUCGCGCCUCAACUCGAGAAUAUUCGAGGCAAGUCGGUGAUUGUCACAGGCGGCGCCAAUGGCAUGGGUGAAGCCUUUGUACGAGACUUUGUCGCUGCUGGUGCCUGGGUAACAUUCGCCGAUGUCAAUGAAGAGCGCGGCAAAACAGUUGAAGCAGAGCUUAACGCCGACGGCCAAAAAUGUGCCUUCAUCAAGUGCGACAUCAGAGACUGGGAUCAACAAAAGGCCAUGUUCGAAAAGGCCAAAACUCAAAGCCCAGGUAACUCGGUUGAUAUUGUCAUCGCGAAUGCUGGCAUUUCUCGAAGUUCUGGAGAUAGCUUGUGGAAUCUAGAUGACCCCAACGGUGAACCGACAAAGCCCGACCUGAACAUUGUUCGUGUCAACAUAGACGGGACAUUUUACACAUGGAAGCUUGCGGUUCAUUAUUUCCGGAAGCAACCAGUGAGCGAAGAACGAGACCGGUGUUUCAUUAUUACUGGUAGCAUGGUAGCAUGGAUCGAUUCUCCAGGCAAUUGGGAGUAUACAGGAACGAAAUAUGCGCUUCGCGGCUUCAUGAGAACAGUCCGAAGAUCAAGCCACGAGCAGUCUAUCCGCAUAAACUAUGUCGCACCCUGCUGGAUCAAGAGCGCCAUUCGAACAGCCGAAUACGAGAAGUGGCUGGUAGACCGCGGUGUGGAGUUUGGUGAACAGAAGGACGUUUCCAGCUGCAUGUUGAGAAUUGCAACUGAUAGGAGCAUCAAUGGUCGUUCAUUGAUGAUCACGCCUCGUUCCAUCGCAAAGGAGGGUUUCGUAGAUAUUGAUAGAGAGGAUUACAAGGACACACCAGAAGACGAGUAUCUGAAGAAAGUACAAGCGUCACAGCUGGUAAUUAUUGAGGACAAAUGGUUGGACUCAUUCAAAGUCCGAGUAUAUAAAGAAUAGUUGUUGUCGU